AUGGUUUCACUCGACGCGAUCCGAGCCUCUAAUGAACGAAUCCGUACUGAGUUACCCACCGGUCUCGUUGCCGUUUUUGUUGGUGCUACCAAUGGCAUAGGAGAGACAAGUCUAAAGCAAUUCGUCAAACACACGAAGCGGCCCCGCGUCUACUUUAUCGGCAGGUCCGACAAGGCUGCCAAGCGCAUUAAGACGGAGCUCAAAUCUUUGAAUCCGGAUGGCGACUAUCACUUCCUCAAGUAUCAAGUUAGUCUGCUUCGGAACGUCGACCAAGCUUGUCGCGACAUCAAAAGCAAAGAGCGAACUAUCAAUUUGCUGUUCAUUAGUGCAGGACCCUUGGCUACCGGUACCCAAACCAAAGAAGGCCUUCACCUCUUCCACCAAGCUCAGGGCCACUUCGCAUCAAUGAUCACACUCGCACUCGAAGCUCACCAUAUAAAGACGUUUCUAUUACAUCAUCGCUCAACUGAAUGCAUCGUGUAA